CAAAGUGUGAAGUUGAGGUUCAGCUUGAACAUUAAUAAAGCUGAAAGCCACAAUGAGGUAGUGACAUCUCGCUGUCCACAGGAAGUAGGUGCAGCAUCUUUAGACUUUCGAGACUCAGACUUUAGAGACUCCGACAGUAACCAGAACAAGACAGACUGAGAAUCACGAUGGACGAGUUCAAAUGGAUUCAAAUGUCUUCAUUUGUUCUCCUGACGCUUCAGUUUACAGCAGCGACCCGACAGCUUGUCCUCCACUUCACUGUCAGAGAUGGAGAUCAAGUCAGUUUGCCGUGUAAUAAUAUGAUCGACGGUCAGCAGGAAUGUGACAGCACAACAUGGGUGUUCACUGCUUUAAGACGAGACACAGCAGCAGUAGAGCUGAUUACCCUCGGACAGAUUGGUGAACAGACCAAAACCAAAUCAGACAGACUGAGUGUCACAAAGAACUGUUCUCUGGUUAUAAAGAAGGUCUCAGCUGAGGAUGCUGGACGUUACACCUGCAGACAGUACAAAUCAGGACAACCACAAGGUUCAGAGUCUCUGGUUUAUCUGUCUGUGGUCACCAUGACUGAACGUGAGGACGCUGAUGAGGUGACAUUAAACUGCUCUGUGAGGACACGUGGACGAUGUGGACACACAGUGAAGUGGCUGUUUAAUAGAACUGAUGUGGAUAAAGAAAUCCACCAAGUGAAGACAUCACAGUCUUCCUGCUCUGCCUCUCUGACGGGUCUGAGUUCACAUUUCAUUUAUGAGUCGAGGUUUGAUUUGAAGUGUGAAGUGACUGAUGGGGACAAAGUUCAGUUUCUCUUCAGUCCUCGGCCCUCAGGUGAGAAACCAGGUGAGGACACAACAACAACAACAACAACAACAAUAAUGAAGCCAAAAACAACAGCUACAACGUUAUCAUUGACAACAACAACACCUGAAAACCCCAUAAAAACAGAAACCAUCUCAACAUCUGCGAUCACUGAGACUCCAACAGGACUAAACAGCACUCGUACAGAUCGUUCUGUUCUGGACUACAUGAUGUUGGUUCUGCGUGUGGCUGAACUCCUCCUCAUUACUCUGAUUGCUGUUCUUCUCAUCAGAGCUGCAGGGAAGCAGAGACCACCUGAUGACAACACUGUUUCACACUCAGUCAGAAGGCGGACGGCGAGGCGUUCAGGUGCAGCAGCCAGUCAGGUAAAGGUCAGCUCAGACAGGAGGUGGUGGUGCGUUCAGGUGAAUAAUGAUGAAGAUGAAGAUGAAGGUGUGGUGAAAUAUGAAAACUUUGGAGAAACUUCUGCCUCUGUCAGCCUCCACUGAUCAACAACUUCCACAUCGACAUGAAGUCAUGAGAGAAAAGACUCCACUGCAGUUAAAUAACAUCACAUUUACACGAGCAGUCGAAGCUUUUAGACAACAAAAACCUGAUGAGAUCAUUUUCAGUUUGGGACGACUGCUUGUUUUUAUUUCAUUCAUCAAUGUGAGAAAUGUUUGUGCGUUUUGUGUGCUGAGACAUUUUAGUGUGACUUUGGACAACAGCACUGAUUUCAUCUCAUAUCUGGAAGUCCACUGUGAGUUUUCUAAAACGUCUUCUCCUCCAUCAGCUGUGAAAAUCUUUAUUUUCUGCAGUCACUUCAGAACUCAGCAGGUGGAUUUCAGCUUCCUGGAACAGAAAAGAUCAUUUAACUCUUGUUGUUUUAGGAUUUCCUGGUUGCUGUUGUAGCUUGAGCUCAGUUUCGUGUGUGUGUGUGUGUGUGUGUGCAGAUGAGCUCAUUUGAAUUCACUUUGACUCAGCGUUGUUGCUAACAUAUUUGUUGUGAUGUGUGUGUGUUUGGCUUGAAUGUGUU